UCGUCGGUGGGACCGGAGCGCGGGCGGGCGCGGUCCCCCGGGACUAUGGCCGGGUCCGACACUGCGCCUUUCCUCAGCCAGGCGGAUGACCCGGACGACCGGCCGGUGCCCGGCACCCCGGGGUUGCCAGGAUCCAUGGGGAACCCGAAGUCCGGAGAGCCUGAGGUCCCGGACCGGGAGGGGCUGCAGCGCAUCACAGGCUUGUCUCCAGGCCAUUCGGCUCUCAUAGUGGCCGUGCUGUGCUACAUCAACCUACUGAACUACAUGGACCGCUUCACCGUGGCUGGUGUCCUUCCGGACAUUGAGCAGUUCUUCAACAUCGGAGACAGCAGUUCUGGCCUCAUCCAGACCGUGUUCAUCUCCAGUUACAUGGUGUUGGCACCUGUGUUUGGCUACCUGGGUGACAGGUACAAUCGGAAGUAUCUCAUGUGCGGGGGCAUUGCCUUCUGGUCCCUGGUGACACUGGGGUCAUCCUUCAUCCCCAGAGAGCGUUUCUGGCUGCUCCUCCUGACCCGGGGCCUAGUGGGGGUCGGGGAGGCCAGUUACUCCACCAUCGCCCCCACACUCAUCGCUGACCUCUUUGUGGCCGACCAGAGGAGUCGAAUGCUCAGCGUGUUCUAUUUCGCCAUCCCGGUGGGCAGUGGUCUGGGUUACAUUGCAGGCUCCAAAGUAAAGGAUGUGGCCGGAGACUGGCAUUGGGCUCUGAGGGUGACACCAGGUCUAGGAGUGGUGGCUGUUCUGCUGCUUUUCCUGGUAGUACGGGAGCCACCGAGGGGAGCUGUGGAGCGCCACUCUGAUUCGCCACCCCUGAGUCCCACCUCAUGGUGGGCAGAUCUGAGGGCUCUGGCGAGAAAUCCUAGUUUCAUCCUGUCUUCUCUUGGAUUCACUGCUGUGGCCUUUGUCACGGGCUCCCUGGCUCUGUGGGCUCCCGCAUUCCUGCUUCGUUCCCGGGUGGUCCUGGGGGAGACCCCACCCUGCCUUCCUGGAGACUCCUGCUCUUCCUCUGACAGUCUCAUCUUUGGGCUCAUCACCUGCCUGACCGGGGUCCUGGGUGUGGGCCUGGGCGUGGAGAUCAGCCGCCGCCUGCGCCGCUCCAACCCCCGGGCAGACCCGCUGGUCUGUGCCGCUGGCCUCUUGGGCUCUGCACCAUUCCUCUUCCUGUCCCUUGCCUGCGCCCGCGGUAGCAUCGUAGCCACCUAUAUUUUCAUCUUUAUUGGAGAGACGCUGCUGUCCAUGAACUGGGCCAUCGUGGCUGACAUCCUGCUGUACGUGGUGAUCCCCACACGACGGUCCACCGCCGAGGCCUUCCAGAUCGUGCUGUCCCACCUGCUGGGUGACGCUGGGAGCCCCUACCUCAUUGGCCUGAUCUCUGACCGCCUGCGCCGGGGCUGGCCCCCCUCCUUCUUGUCCGAGUUCCGGGCCCUGCAGUUCUCUCUCAUGCUCUGUGCCUUCGUCGGGGCGCUGGGCGGUGCGGCCUUCCUGGGCACCGCCAUCUUCAUUGAGGGCGACCGCCGGCGGGCCCAGCUGCACGUGCAGGGUCUGCUGCCCGAGGCAGGGCCCGCAGAUGACCGGAUCGUGGUGCCCCAGCGAGGCCGCUCCACCCGGGUCCCUGUGUCCAGUGUACUCAUCUGAGAGGCUGUUGGAUACCUGUGUAUACAUCUGUCAGCAGUGGCCCAGGGCUUGCCCCACAGGGUGCAUGGACCUAAACGUUUGGCCUGGCCCGGCUUCCAGGAGGGACCGUGGGCUGUGUCCCAGCUCCCAGACACUACAUAGGCAGCCCAGGGGAGGAGGUGGGGGUCCAGGAGUGGAAUCCCCUCCACAGGGGCAGCCCCAGGAGCUCGGUGCUAUUUGUAAUGGAAUAAAAUUUGUAGCCAGACCCCAA